AUGGGCGACGCUGGUGAUCUAUCAUCCCGCGAGGAAAUCUGCAAAGCCGCCCGAGAACAUCUCCGCGCUGAAGGCUGGGCUGUCAUCCCGGAUGUCCUGGACAAAGAAACAACGGCAAAUGUGCUCGACAGGUUAUGGAAGGCCAAAGAGGCGGGUGAGCAUCGUGGGGAUGCCACAUACAUUCCUCGCCUGGACCCCAACGAGGCCAAUGUUCGCGUCUUCUAUCUUCUCGAGCUGGACCAGAUCUUUCGAGACCUCAUCGUCCACCCGGUCGCCCUCGACAUGGUGAAAUCCGUCUUGGGAGACAACUUCCUCAUCUCUAAUUUCACGGCUAAUAUCGCUCGACCGGGCAGCCAGUCCAUGGCGCUCCACAGCGAUCAGAGCAUCGUGGUUCCAGAGCCGUGGAAGGAAGUCUGGUCACUCAACGUCAUCUGGUGUCUCACCGACGUCUACGGCGACAACGGUGCGACGCUAUAUAUCCCCGGGUCGAACAAGUACGAGUCAAGACAGGACAUUCCCGCAGAAGCCGAUAAGCUACUCCGACCCUUCGAGGCGAAAGCAGGCAGUAUCAUUCUGAUGGACGGCCGUGUCUGGCACACCUCGGGCGCCAACAUCACAAAGGAUCAAGACCGCGCGUUGAUGUUUGGAUAUUACACCAAGCCAUUCCUUCGGCAGCAGGUCAACUGGACGGCCAAGUUGCCUCGUGAAUUGCAGGAGACUCUGAGCGACGAGAUGAAGGAGUGGUUGGGCCUGGGAUAUAAUGCCAACAUUGCCAGGACGGGGAAUACUUCGUACAAUUAUCUCAGUAGGCAGUUUCCAAAGGGAGAAGCGCGAGCUUAG